AUGUGGGGUCCCGAAAAUCAUCAUCAUCAUCGAAAUUUGGAAGAUGAUGAUUCGACUGCAAAUAAUGGCGAUUAUUUUCAUUUUCCACCAAACUACAAACCUUUCAUAUCACUUCAAACUGUUGUUGCUGUAAUAAUCCCAGUUUUUGCAUUUUUUCUCAUGUUUUUUAUUGGUGAGUUUCGAGAUUUUUGCCACUAAAUUUAAUGCGAAUCAGAAAUAUUGUAUGACAAAAAUCAUUUGAUAGAGCAUAACACAGUGUGAUUCUAAUUCUAAUAAUAUCCAAAUUUCAAUGGCUUCAAAACGUGGCUCACGAGCCGAGAGGCGAUUUUAAUUUUGAGAAGAAACCUCGGAAUAUUUUCAGAAAUGUCAAAAAUAAUCCCUUCUUUUGUUAUCUUCCAGAAUAGGAGAAUUCUAGUUUGGGGAUUAAAUAUUUUUCACGUGAAUUUUUAAAAAUAAUUUGUUUUUUUCAGUGAUGUUCAUGUUUUAUGUUUAUCGUCGACUUUGUUCGAAACAAGAAGUUUUUGAGCAUAUUAUUUGUGAUGAUGAAGAAUUGGCGAUUCCAAGACCAACAACUCCAGGGUUAGUUUUAUUUUCGAAAAUAAAAUUAAUUUAUAUGAUAAAAUUUUUCUAUUGCGCAAAUAUUUCAAUUUGAACGCAAUGAAAACAAUACAUUUUUUGAAACGUAUAUCUUUCAGAUUUUUUUUUGAAAAUUUUCAACAUGUAUUUUCUCUCUGCAUCUGAAACCUGUUUUUCAGUCCUGAGUCAUUCCGGCGCAACUCUGCUCAAGCUCAAUUCCGUCUCCUAAUGAAAUCAAAAUUCGAAAAAGAAUUUGGAAAAUCUCGAGCAGAAUAUGGCCUUUUGAUGCCAGUCCGGAUUAUAACAUCAGUUUCUGAAGAGGAUGAUUAUUAA